AUGCCCGGGGCCAGGGACGCGCUCUGUCACCAGGCGCUGCAGCUGCUGGCCGAGCUCUGUGCCCGUGGGGCCCUGGAGCACGACAGCUGCCAAGAUUUCAUCUACCACCUGCGGGACCGCGCCAGACCCCGGCUCCGCGACCCAGAUAUCUCAGUGAGCCUGCUGACCCUUGUGGUUACUGCCUGUGGUCUUGCUCUGUUUGGCGUGUCUCUCUUCGUGUCCUGGAAACUCUGCUGGGUUCCGUGGCGAGAACGAGGCCUGCUCUCUGGUGGCAAAGACAACAACCGGGAGCCUCUUAACUACACAGACACAGAGACCAAUGAGCAGGACAACAGUGAGGACUUCCUAGAUCCUCCCACCCCCUGCCCUGACUCCUCCAUGAAGAUCAGCCACACAUCCCCUGACAUUCCCCUCUCCACCCAGGCGGGGGUCCAGGAGAACUGUGCCCAUGGUGUCCGCGUGCAGCGCCAAGUUACAGAGCCAACCUCGUCGGCUCGGCAUAAUUCAAUCCGCAGACAACUCAACCUGUCAAACCCGGACUUCAACAUCCAACAGCUUCAAAAACAGGAGCAGUUGACUGGAAUUGGCAGAAUUAAACCAGAGUUAUACAAGCAGAGGUCAUUGGAUAAUGAUGAUGGGAGACGGAGUAACAGCAAAGCUUGUGGGAGACUGAACUUCAUUUUAAAGUAUGACUGUGACUUAGAGCAACUCAUCGUAAAGAUUCACAAAGCUGUCAAUUUGCCUGCCAAGGACUUCUCUGGAACUUCAGAUCCUUAUGUCAAGAUCUAUUUGCUUCCUGAUCGGAAAACAAAACACCAGACUAAAGUUCACAGAAAGACCCUGAAUCCUGUGUUUGAUGAAGUUUUUUUAUUUCCGGUUCCCUACAAUGAUCUUGAAGCACGGAAGCUUCACUUCUCUGUGUAUGACUUUGACAGGUUCUCUCGCCAUGAUUUGAUUGGCCAAGUGGUGGUGGAUCACUUCUUAGACUUGGCUGAUUUCCCCAGGGAGUGCAUCCUUUGGAAGGAUAUUGAAUAUGUCAUCAAUGACAAGGUGGAUCUUGGAGAGUUGAUGUUUUCCCUCUGCUAUCUUCCAACGGCUGGCAGGCUGACCAUUACCAUUAUAAAAGCAAGGAAUUUAAAGGCAAUGGACAUAACAGGAGCAUCAGAUCCCUACGUGAAAGUCUCACUGAUGUGUGAUGGUAGACGACUGAAGAAGAGGAAAACGUCCACCAAGAGGAACACACUGAAUCCUGUUUACAACGAAGCCAUAGUCUUUGAUGUCCCUCCUGAGAACAUUGACCAAAUCCACUUGUCCAUAGCAGUCAUGGACUAUGACCGUGUAGGUCACAAUGAGAUUAUCGGCGUGUGUCAAGUAGGCAACGAGGCUGAGAGGCUGGGCAGAGACCACUGGAGUGAAAUGUUGUCAUAUCCUCGGAAGCCCAUUGCACACUGGCAUUCCCUGGUGGAGAAACGAUGACUGUGGGUAAGGACCGUUCGUGCCAAGGACACAGUAGGACAGCCAUCUUACAAAGAUUUUGAGUAACUUUUCCCAUCCAGCAACACCCGGAGAACUCCAG